UAGGACUGAUCUUUGAGCGUCAGUCGGUUCUGUAUCUAUCCAACAUGGUUCUGACUACCGACGCCACCAGCAAGAAUAGCCUGAACUGUUUUAGCUGUCUCCAGCCAGAGGAGUUGUACUCCAUGAUGACAGACAAAGAGGAGGUUGUCGUGGCCAAGUACAACUACGAGGCCCAGCAAGACCAGGAGCUGAACAUCAAGAAGAAUGAGCGCCUCACGCUAUUGGACGACACCAGGUCGUGGUGGCGCGUACAGAACGGCAAGAACCAGGUGGGCUACGUGCCUUCGAACUACGUCAAACGUGAGAACAGUAAGAAGGGGAAAUCGAUCAAGGGUAUAUUCGGAAUAAAGAACAAAGUGCAGCGGAACCCCAGCGAUAGAUCGGGCAAACAGGAGGCGGAGCCGUCGGUGAGAGGACGCGAUUCGCCGUCGGAGUCGCAUCAACUUGACAUCAUGGCCACGGUGAAGUUCAACUACACGGCCGCCAGGGACGACGAGAUUUCUCUAGAGAAGGGAGGGAAGGUGAUAGUCAUGGAAAAGUCUAGCGACGGGUGGUGGCGGGGAGAGUAUAACGGAACGGUCGGUUGGUUCCCGUCGAAUUACGUCGUGGAGGAGGCGGAAGACAGCGGCGACGGCGUGAAAUCCACGGGUACGGUGAAAGCGAACGCGGCGGUUACGAACGGCGCCGGUCCCAUCAUCUGUACAGUCAGAACUUUGUAUCCCUUCACGUCGCGAAACGAGGAAGAGUUAAACUUCGAGAAGGGGGAACACUUGGACAUUGUGGAGAAGCCCGAAGACGACCCGGAGUGGUGGAAAGCGCGAAACCGGCAGGGCGAGACGGGACUGGUACCGAAAAACUACGUGCAGGUUGACCCGGAGGCGCAGCCGGUUAGUUUCGACGCGGUCACGGGGAUUACCACCCAGUUCUCCACCACUUCUCUGAAUUCCGCCGUGCCAUCGCCCGCACGACAUCCGCCAUUCCCGAGGGAGACUAUUCCAUUUCUCUCAAGGCGUCCAACAGAAACAAACAUUUCCGCGUGCAGAAGAUUGACAGCGGCGGGCUGAAGAUCGGGCAGCGGACGUUCAUGACCAUGGACGAGCUGAUCGAGCACUACAAGCGGGCACCCAUCUUCAACAGCCAGAGUGGAGAGGAGAAACUCUACCUGGUCAGACCCUUCUUCCCACAAGGGUCUUGAUGUGGCCGGGUUAGGGAGAAUAUACAGCUUCAUCGUACACCUGGUUAGGGAGAAAAUACAACUUCAUCUUACACCUGGUCAGGGAGAAAAUACAGUUUCAUCUCACACAUGGUUAGGGAGAAAAUACAACUUCAUCUCACACCCUGGUAUAGGACUUUAAAGACCCCCUUUCCACUGCAAGGCGCUAAGCAAAAUUUUGAUUUGUUUGAGCUUGAUUUUAUAAUUGUGUCAGCAUAAUGGUUAGGGUGUUCGGCCCAGAGCCCAGAGGUACUGGGUUUGAAUCCCCUGACAUGUUACUAAUGUUGUGUCCCUCAGAAAAGCACGACUUUCCUCACUCCACCCAGAUGUAAAUAUGGGUACCUGACUUCGGUUGGGGAGCUAAAAGGCAGUGGAAGGUAAGGGUUGGGCUCUGCCUUCUAGUAUCGUGCCCUAGACACAGUGGAUAACAACCCUUUGCUAUUCUUUGAACAAUCUUUGAAAUAUUUAGUCAAUCAGUGGUCAAAGCCAAUAGUGGAAAGGGGAUUUUGAAUAGAAAAUAAAUCUUCAACUCACAGCGAACAUUUGUACCUCAUCCAAACACCCUAAGUACCACCUUCACUAAACAAACUAUACUCACAAUCUUACUCACAUUCGAAAUGUGUAUUUUUCACCCCCUUGUUGACAGUGGUUGAUCCGGGUUGCCUUCACAAGCGCAUGUUUCUUUUGGAAUUCACCACUGUCAUAUUAGGGGUCAUAGCAUUGUGAAGCACAUUACAUCUACAGCAUGAAAAGAGUUAAUAAAAAUCUGUAUCAGAUUAAAAACAUUAAUGUUUAGAAUUUUUUUUCAUUGAAAUUAUCAUAUUACAGAUAUCUGUCAAAAACAGACCAAUCCUAUAAUUCAUAAAUAAAAGCAUUAAGAUGCAAAUAUCUGACUGACAAGCAAACCAUUUUUUCAUUGGUCAAACCACUAAUUACUAUUCUCUCAUUGGUUAAAGUCUGAACAGUGCUAAUUGUGAUGGACAGUCAGGAUGGGUCUGAAACAAGGGUAAAAGAUAUAGUUUAUUGUCUGUUGGUGACAAAUUUCUAAUGUGUUGGGAUCACUGUUGGCAAAUGUCUAUCAAAGUAAUCUAAGAUACAAAAAAAAAAUGUACCUACAUUACGAUGAUAUGUGUGUGUUGCUUAUACCAGGUGAAGUCGUUAAAAACGUUUGAUUGUUCAAACAUGGUGAAGGUGGUUUAAAAUUCUGACCGGAGUGGGGUGGAAAAUAGAAUUUAAUGCAGAACUAUGGACUCGAACUAUACAAUGUAUUGUAAGUGCCUGCUUGAACUAAGAUGCAUAGCAUUACUCGCUACUGACAUUAUACAAAAUAGCUGUUGGCUCAAGUGAUGGGACGAAUGAAGAUUAUGAUAUAUAUAUUAAUGACCAGUGUAUAUAUUAUUUCCCUAUUCCGACAUAGUUGUAUGGAUUUGUAGGGUUUAGCGAACGUGAAGUGAUUAUGAAACAUAAGUCCUUGGACUGGAUAGUCUAAUUAAUAUACAUCAAAUAGACAAAACAUCAAUGUUGUAUUACACUAAAAUAAGUGGUGAUCCUUGUCUAUAAUUUACGUACAGUUGUUCACAUAUGUCUGAUGCCAUCAUUGUUGAUAUAUUUUAACAAGAAGGAGACUCUACAGAAGCUGUAUUGGUCCAGAAAAUGUCCUCAAGAAAUGAUCGAUCUUCGUCCUUACUAAUCGUGCUUGCUCGCAUUGUACAUACAUUGCCAAAGCUGCCUUGUUUCCGUUUCUAAUGCCUGAAAACUAAAUCCCUUGCUCUUCUAGAUCUGUACAUGGAAUUCUACAUCCGCACACAACCGCACAGAAACUGAUGUCAAGAAAAGUCGACAAAACCUUUUUACUUGAUAGUCUGACUACUAGAGGGAUCUGAUUAUGCUUCAAAUUAAAUCUCCAACCGGAUCUUUUGAUUGGCCAGACCAGUAUCCAUGGGCCAAUCAGAAUGUCCAUGGGCUGGGCUGAAACACUACUAGUAUACAGUAACUACAAUGUAGAUUGGGAAGGUCCCAGAUACUGUUUUGACCCAUGGAUACUUGAAAAAGACCAUGGAUACAGUCUUGCCAACCAAAAGGUCUGCUUUACUGGCAGAAAAAAAGGAAUCAUGUUCAAGUACUGAACAUUUACGAUAAAAACCUACAUUCAGUAUUCUGUGACAUUUAUUACUUUUGUUCAAGCCCAGAGUGUGGCCACAGCUUUUGAAGAACACAGAUACUGAAGAAUUUCAAAAGUAUCUCGGAUUUAGAAAUAGGUCUAUGUAACCACUGUGGAUGGAGUCUGGAAUAGGGGUGUCAGGAUAUCUGUAUAUUAGGUGCAAACUAGUGAAUUCCAGGUACCAUACACACUGUAUGUAGCUCCGUCUAUUUCUGAGUAAACCUUUUGGUUGGAAUCGCUGUAUAGCCCAACCAGUGACCAUUCGUUUAGCGUACGGAAAGCCUGAAAACGUGAUUUGAGGAUUCUCCACUUAUUUAAUAUAUUAGGAAAUGUAAUGUAUGUUCUGCUUAUAACUGCCAAAGUCACCAACGGUAGAUAAUCGAAUCCAGUGUAAAAAAAAAAGGUUCCUGUACUCUCGAUAAUGUCCACUUUUGUGCCAUGAUUCACACAUCCUAGUUUUACCUCUAAGUGUACUUCAUUCAGUGUAGAACUGCCUUUCACGUGAUCAGUACCAGGUAUGACUGUAGUUAGACAACAACCAGAGAUAUAACGUUAUUAUAUAUGAAUAUGUAGAACGGUAAUUGCGAAGCACGAGAGUGACGUGCGCUCCACGCACCUGUACCCUACCACUGUCGAUCAUGCCAUGCCGACGCUGUAAUCUUGUGGUUGAAAUAAAAUUUGUCUUUGAGCGAGCAGAAUG